CUCAUAUGAAUUUGACAAACCCAAUUAGCCAUUCAAAGAUUCGCAAUAAGCAGAUCUUGACAGUGAGAGCUUUGUGAGAUUUGUGUGUAUUUGUAUUCGUUGAUCGAGCAUGAGAUGAGAUGAUUUUGGUGGGCAGAGAUCGAAUUGAGGCAUUUGUUUCCAUUUUCGUUACUUUUCUUCCUCACGAGCUCUCCGCAUUGCUUUACUCUUCCUCCACUUUUUUCUUUAUUUUGAGCGCAUACUUUGUGGUUCUUCCUUUACGUGAUGAAGGGGCUAUAUCUUUGGGAUUGGGGAAUCUCCCCAGCUUGUUUGUGGGAUCCUUGAUACUCACACUCUUUGCUGCCCCUCUUUCCACCUUAAUCUUUUCAUUGCCUAAUCUUUCCAAGUCAAAGGCUUUGGUCUUGAUACACAGGUUUUUUGGGGUCACACUUGUUGCGUUCUACAUCCUGUGGCUUUUUUCUACUCCUGGGAGUUCACCAUUUAAUAUCAAGGGACUGCUCUCUGUGUCCUCAACUUUAAAACAGGAGUUAAAAAUGGAGGUGAGUCACAUGAGUACUCCAAACUCGUCCAGUUGGAGCAACCAUGGGUGGUUCUACGUGUCAGUGAGAAUUGGCCUGUUUCUUUGGGUUGCUUUGCUUAAUCUUAUUACUAUAUCUUCAACUUGGGCUAGAGUUAUUGAUGUGAUGGAUAGUGAGUCAGGUUCAAGAUUGUUUGGGUUUAUUGGUGCUGGUGCUACACUAGGCCAGCUGUGUGGUUCGUUAUUUGCCACAGGAAUGGCUUGGUUAGGACCGUAUUUACUUCUUGUUUCAGCGGUUCUCAUGGAACUUGCUGCACAGUCAUCAAAAGGAAUCAAGAAAGACGUCUUACAACUUCCUGAAGAACUAUCUCCCAUCAGGGAAGCUGAUACCGAUCAAGCUGAAGAGGCCGAGAAUAUACCAGGGCUCACACAGAGAACAACUUCCCCAAAAUCUCCAGCUUCUGUAGCAAAGCCUCAGUUCUGGGCUAUAUUGGAUGGGCUAAAGCUCAUUCUUUCUUCGACUUACUUAUUGCACGUAUCAUUAUUCCUUUGGCUGAGUGCAGUUGUGUCCUCCUUUUUUUACUUUCAGAAAGUAACUGUUAUUGCUGCUGCAGUAACAGAUCCCACUGGUAGAAGAAGAUUAUUUGCACAGAUCAAUAGUUUUAUUGCUAUUUUUAUCCUUGCUGGACAGCUCACUUUGACGGGGGGCAUCCUUACUUUUGCUGGUGUUACUCUAGCCAUUUGCUCUGCACCUUUUGUUGCCUUCGUGAAUCUAAUUGCUUUAGCAGUAUGGCCCACAUGGAUUGCAGUGGCCAUCUCAGAAACCCUGAGGAAGGUGGUCACAUACGUCGUUACCAGGCCUGCAAGGGAGCUUCUUUUCACUGUUGUCUCACAGGACGAGAAGUAUAAAGCAAAGGUAUGCAUAGAUGUGAUUGUUCAAAGACUUGGGGAUGCUACAGCAGCUACAAUGUACAAGCUACUCUUCAGCACUCUCAGUGGCAAGGCAUCAGCUGUUUCUCUAUAUGCCCUGCCUGUCUGCUUGAUGUGGAUACUGACAGCAUUUUAUCUAGGACACCAAUACAGGCAACUAUCAGCGGAUCAUCCCUCUCAACCCGUUGAAACAUGUAGAAGAUACGGAACAUAAUGCCAAACACGAAAAGUUUUUGUAUCUUUCAGAACCUUAAUGGUAAAAAUACCUGCUUUUCCUCCUUUUCUUCUUUGGAUCAGGAAUGAAGCAUGAUCUCCCCU